AUGCUGCACCUCCUUUUGCAGCAAAAAAAUUUCCUUGUUGAAGAGAUAAAAAAUUUAUCUGUGGAAAAACUCAAACAAGUUUGUGAAGAAUGCUCAAUAUCGACUAAACAGAGAUCAGCUGUAAGUUUUAAUUACUGGAAUUCCAUGUAUUUUUAUUGUACUAAAUAAAUUGAAAAUCAAGAGUGACUUGCCAAAGCAAAAGCAUGCAAACUGUACUGACAAAAUAACUUAUACUUCCUUAGUGAGACCCCUGUUAUCAAGAUGAUCUCUUAAGACAGAUAGUAGGAGGAGUGUAGGGACGACAAAUUCACACUAAAAAUAUCAAAAAAUAAAAUAACAGCUACAUCAAUGAUUCCCAAAAAACACACAUCACUAACAUCGUUGUGUGACAAAGUAUAAUUAAGGCUGCUUGCUCUUUACGCAAGUAUCACUGUUGGAAACUCUCCAUGCCAUAAGUUCACCCAUGUCGAAGGUCACUCAGGUGGCUUUUAUCACAUUGUUUGUCCUCAUUCUGUGAGUGUACACAAUUUUGUUUCCUUAUUUAAAUUUCUUAUAAGUUAACUCUUGUAAAGUAACAGUUCAGUCCAUGAUUUUCCAAAGUUAACAUUUUGCACUUUGUUUGCUUAGAACAAAAUUUGAUUAACUUACUCAAAAAUCAAAAAGAGAAUAUUCCGAUUUUUUUUUAACUACUGAAAAAGUCAAUUUUAGAAGUAAGACCUAGAGUUGAAGAUGUAUUAACACCAUGGAAUGAUUAAAGUAAAAAAUAUCGUUUUUUUCAAAAAUGUGACUUGGUAUUAAUUUCAUCAUGUUCUCACUGCUGCAUACAUUGUAACAUUAUCACUUGUGAAAACUUAUAAGGGGCCUUAUAGGAGGCAACCAUUUUUCUGGAGGGGGGGAUUUUGAAAAAAAUUUCCUGCAAGUGCUUUUUGGAAGAAAAAAAUGCAUGCAGCACAAAUAUAAACAGUAAUCCUUCAGAGCACUGAGAAUGGAAAAUUAUCCCACACUUCCUUACCCACCAGGUAAGGUGACCAGAUAUCAUCCACUACCCACCCCCAUCAAGAGUUAAUUGUUCAGCCCAUCAAGAUUUCCUUUUUCUGUUAUUACUUAUAUGUUAAGAUGUGUCACUUAUACUAUUGCUUAGUUGUUCAUUCCUACAUGUGAUUUUAAUUUUAAAUUUUUGUUUGCAGUGUACUGUUGCAUCAAAAUUCCUUCUUCUGCAAGAAUCUGUCCGUGACGCUGCUGACUUGUACCUCAGCCUGAAAUACCCCCCUCCUCUUUUAAUCUGUGAUACACCUUGUACUCUGGCACGUCACAUUGAUCAGAGGUGUCCGGAUGUUGCAGAACAACUUUGGGGUGACAAUGUGGGGUGCUUUCAGAAGCCAGUAAUAGGGAAGUCACCUAUUAAAGUGAGUGCACUAGUUGAUAAUGUAUACCCAAUCCACCAUUUAGUGAAUUAUUAUUUUGAGCAUGCA